CACGAGUACCCAUCCGUCCGUGCAUGAACUAAAUGAAAAUGGCCGCUUGAAAAUUCUUCUCGAAAUGUGUGUUACGAUAAUGUGUCACUUUACAAUGGAAUCCUUUGGAAUUAUUGAAGAAUCAGAGCAAAGUAUUGUGCCCGUAACGAUAAGAUUUGUUAAAAACUCUUUGUUCGAAGACAGUAAGUGUGUUACAGAGAAGUCUCAACCUUCAUAUUCCGAGCAAGAUUGUCUAUGUGAUUGCUGUUGUCACCGUUGUGGAGGCUAUCUCUGUUUGCAGCAAAGGAGAUUUAUAAGAACUAAGGGAAGCUGUAAAGGAGUAGCAACAUUUUGAAUAAAGUAUGCAAUUAAAUUUGAAGUAUGCUACAUCUGAAAAUUUGGAUUUUUUUUCCAAGUUUCCCAUUUCCAAUCCAAUGGUACCUGCAGCUUCUAUAUUAGACGUCUAUUCCAUACAGCAUCUGCCUUUGAAAUCAAAAAUGGAAAAAAUGUAUUCUAUGAAUAAUACAUUGAAUAUGAAGAAUAAUAUGUCGGGCCCAAAGAAAGAGAACAUGUUCCAUAGUGUGUUCAAUACGUUUAACCAAAUCUGGGAGCGAUUUUCCAAAGUACCUGCUUCUUUUAUGACAGGCAUUAAUCAUUCGUUAUCCGUGACAGUUGUACACAAUGACGGUAUAAUACAGCACGAAUUUUUUAAAGAUUUGACAACUAAAAGGGAUACAUCGAACUCUGAUAAUGUGUACAUACAAGGUGCCCAAAGGAAAGAAUCUUUAAAUGUUGUUGAAUAUAUCCAUAGUGAUAUAUUCAACGAAAAGAAACCUUACACAGGUAGAAUUUCUAAUGAAAAUAUAAAGGAGAAUUUAAAUUACAGUUACAAGUGCACUGAUAUAAAAAGUAAUUAUAUAGAAACACCUGAUAAGAAGGAAUCACUUAUCAAGGAAAAUGGUAAAUGUAAUUUGAUCGAUUAUGACUACCUAAUACCAAUAGAAGGGUCAAAUGAAAUGUUGGUAGAUGCUUGUUUGUAUAAAAAUACACGCAAACUGCUUGUCGCAAACGAUAUCGACAACUGUGAAAAUACUUGUAACGAAAGUACAUCCGAAAAGAACCAAGUUUCUACUUACAUUGACAAUAGCACAAUUGAUCAAACAGUUACGAACAAGGAAUUCUCUCCCUCGACACUCGAUUCGAACCUAGAAAGCGUACAGGAGAAUAAACAAACUACGGUAUCGAAUAGGUUGACAAAUAUGUGGCAGAAAGUUUGCAACAGCGUGUCAGAUCGAUUCUAUAGGACAGAUUUGAUCGAAUCGGAUAAUUCGAUGAAACAAUCGCUCUCACCGAAACAACGAAGGAAGCUUAAUACGAUAGCGAUGGGCAGAGGUCGAGGCAGAGCGCGAUCGCAAUUGAGGCGGUCAGGAGUAAGUCAAACCAGACAUAGGAAAGAGCGUAGUAAGCACGAUUUAGAAAUAGAUAUAGAAAGCGAUUUCAAAAGCUGGCAAGACUUUGAGGUGUAUUGUACAGUAGAAAGCAAAGAAUCAGAAGACUGUUUUAGAUUAGAUAAAGACACGAUGGAUGCUGUAGGAAUCAAUAGUCAUAAAACGUAUACAUUCGCCGAUGUAAAACCUAAAAUUCAGAAGUCAAAGACGCGCAAGAUCAGCGAUCAAGGAAUAUGUAAAUUAUCUGGGAGAAUGAGACGGAUACCCGAAUAUACGGAAGAGACAAAGCCGUUUCAUACAGAUUGCAUUGAUAAUAGAUACAAUUCUCAGAAAAAUUCAUUUCGACCGCGUCUAAUGUCAGAAAGUUCCAUUGACUCAGAAGACAGUUAUUGUAUAGUGUUUGAAACUGGAUCUGAAGUAAAUUAUAGAAGCGAUCUCGAAGACAGCGACGAAAGCGAUAUGGACCAAACUAGCGAAGACGAAGAUAUGUGUAAAGACGAAGACUCCAGUUCUAGUACAUCCAUGGUUCCAGUACAAAAAGUAACAUUUAAUUUAAAACCAGUUGUUCACACAAUGAUACAGUGGAACUAUGCCUAUCGCGCUGCUCGAAGAGGUCCAUGGGAACAAAUGGCCCGAGAUAGGGAACGGUUCAAAGACCGUAUACAUUGCAUAGAACGUGUUUUAAAUCCAAUUUUAUCUGUCCAACACAGAACUCACAUUUGGCAAGAACGAUUCGCAUCUACCGAAUAAAAAUUGGAUUCAUCAUUUUUGUAAGGUAAUUUUGCUAUCGAGAGUUUAUGUUGCGCAACAUGGCCGAAGAGAUGGUAUAGCGUGGUAAAAGAGAAUAUGUGUAUAAUGUGUCUUCAAGAAUGGCAAAAUAGGCUGUGAAUAAAUAGUGUAGAACACCUGUUUUAAAAUACAUUUUUCGUUACAGUAACAGAGGUAAACUUUGUAUUAUUUGUGUUAUUACAUUAUCUGUUACACACUAAAUAUUUGUCUUUGUUAAAAAUUUAUAAAUGGUAUAGGCUUUAGGUUUCUUGCCAGUGGCUAGUCUAUUAUAUGUAGGCAUACCGAAAAAUACUAAUUUUAU